CAAAAUGUCUGCGAGGAGCCUGGCGCGGGCUCGGCGAUCCCGGACCCCGGGCCGCCUCGGGCUGCAGCCGCGCCCCGCGGAAGAUGCGCACUGCUGAUGGUGCUUCAGAACUCAAGAGUCAUGCUGCAUACAGUGAUUCUAUCCCUGGAACUUGGGUUGGUUGGAAACCUUGAGGCAAUGACAGGGACCUGGAAGCCUUCGGAACAUGGCCCACCAUCUAAGUUAAAGACGCAGCCGAAAGAAUGAGGCGUGAAGAGCUGGCCGUGACCAUGGAAGAGAGCCGCGGGCAGGACGACUCGGUGGCGGCGCAGGGCGGCCCGAGUCCGGAGCUGGCGCCGGUGCCUCCCGGCCGCCUGGGGGCGCCAUACUCCGAGGCCUGGGGGUACUUCCAUCUGGCCCCGGCGCUCCCCGGGCACCCGUCGGGCCACUGGGCCACCUGCCGCCUGUGCGGCGAGCAGGUGGGCCGCGGCCCCGGCUUCCAUGGGGGGACCGCGGCGCUGUGGAGGCACCUGAGGGGCGCGCACCGGCGGGAGCUGGAAAAGAGCGGCACCCGGCGCUCUCCGCCGCCCGGCCCCGCCGCGGCCGCCGAGGGCGACUGGGCGCGCCUGCUGGAGCAGAUGGGCGCGCUGGCCGUGCGCGGCAGCCGGCGCGAGCGGGAGCUGGAGCGGCGCGAGGCGGCCGUGCAGCAGGGCGAGCGCGCCCUGGAGCGGCGGCGGCGGGCGCUGCAGGAGGAGGAGCGCGCCGCGGCCCAGGCGCGCCGAGAGCUGCAGGCCGAGCGGGAGGCGCUGCAGGCGCGGCUGCGGGAGGUGAGCCGCCGCGAGGGCGCCCUGGCCUGGGCCGCCGCCGCGCCGCCGCCCCUCAAAGAGGACCCCGAGGGGGACGGCAGCGGCUGCGUCAUCACGAAGGUCCUCCUGUAGCGUUGGCCACAUCCACCCCAUGCCCGCGCUCCUCCAAGUGUGGGCCGCGGCCGGUGCCUUCAGCCUCCCUGAGGGGCAGGAUUCAGGCCCGCGGACCCCUGACUGACUCGAGGGCUCCAAAUGCCGGGUCCUCCACGCCAUGCUACUGCUUACGUUUGAGAAGCGCUUCGGGAGCCGGAGCAGAACCAAAAAUCAUUUCCUCAGUGGGGUCAUCUGGGGUGCUGGGAGCCGAAGCCCCUGUGGCCUCCCGUGCUGUUGGCCUUUCGUGGGCCUGCGUGCAGGGCAGUGCGCACGCGGGAAACCUGAGAGCUGAGCAGCACCGGGAAUCCAUAUCGCCUGGUGCCGUGGCUAGUGGGGCUGAGAACCCUGUACCUGGUGACCCUGAAAGGUCAGAAGCUUCUUUACACACCAAAGACUUAAAACACCAUGUGCCUAUACACCAGGGCAGCCCAAGGUGGUUGGUGCAUGGAAAUGAGAAAGGUUUUCACCCAGAAAAGUUUUACACGUUUCCUAAAGCCUAAUCUUUGCUCAGCACCAAGUUCUGAAAGGGCGAUCUGUAGUUUCCACUACUGUUCUUUUUACUUUCAUCACCUCUAGAGCGGCGUCAGGGCAGCGCCAGAGGGCCCCUUUUUUAUCCCCCCCCCCCCCAAGAUGCCCAACCAAUACCAGACGCACCCUGUCUCACCUCAGCCAUCUUUCCCCUGGUUCAGACCCAGUGGCAGAUGUGGGUCUGAUGUGGCGGGGGUUUCCCUCCUUUCCUGCCACUUGGUGGCAAGACAUGACUUCAUCCCAUUGUUGCUAGGAAGGGCGGUUCCUAACGCACAUGUCUUCACAGUCCUCACUCCUGGGUCAAAGGAGAAAGAUUCCCUCCCCCCACCCCCGACCACAUCUUCCUGUCGUGUUUUUCUCUCAUUCCUCUUCCACGUUUAUGGGUCUCUGCUCCAUUAGUAUUCCUCCUCCGUCUGUCACCCUCCCUUUCCCCAGGCUCUUCUUCCUCAGCAGUGCUUAGGACUUUCAACCCAGAAGGGUCAAGUAGUCCUUGCUGCUUAUACUUCCUCCUCCUCUCUUACUCCUUCACUCCUGGUCAGCUUUCUAUGCUACAUUAGAAGCCACCACAAUCUUGGAAUGACCAAAUGUGAUGAUUUCAUUUUUCUUAAUCUCUUCUUUCUGGAAAUAUCUCCUUUGGUAGAUGGAACUUGCUUUUCCCCC